AUUGGACCGCAUCAUCAUGAUGGGCGUGGACAGCGUUUUCUUGUCCAGAGAUGGCUUCAGAGGAUUUCAGAGUAGUUGGCGCUCCGGGUCCUGUGUUGCAGGCGUCUGCUGGAAAAUGGCUGAAUACUUCUUGCCUUCCAUCUUUAGUACCGAGAAACUACAAACUCAACUGUACAUUUUAUUUCAGAACUGGAGCAUGUCGUCAUGGAGACAGAUGUUCUCGGGUGCACAAUAAACCAACCUUUAGCCAGACCGUUGCCCUCAUGAACAUUUACCAUAACCCUCAAAACUCUGCCCAGUCUGCUGAUGGUGUGCGCUGUGCUAUGAGUGACUGGGAGGUGCAGGAGCACUAUGAUGAGUUCUUUGAGGAAGUCUUCACUGAGAUGGAAGAAAAGUAUGGACAGGUUGAAGAGAUGAACGUCUGUGAUAACCUAGCAGACCACCUGGUGGGGAAUGUGUAUGUCAAGUUUCGUUAUGAGGAGGAUGCAAAGAAAGCUGUGAUGGACUUGAAUAACCGCUGGUUUAAUGGGCAGCCAAUCCAUUCAGAGCUGUCCCCAGUGACUGACUUCACGGAAGCCUGCUGCCACCAGUAUGAGAUGGGCAAGUGCCUAAGAGGGGCCUUCUGCAACUUCAUGCAUCUGAAGCCAAUCUCAAGAGAGCUCAAACAGAAGCUGUCUAGGCUCCAUCGCAAGAGGCAUAGAUCCAGGUCCCGAUCCCGGGAAAGGCAUUCUCCAUCCAGAGACAUUAGGCAUGGUGGCAGCAGAGGAGGUAGAGGACAAGAGCAUUACAGGAGGCAGUCCAGAUACCUCAAGAGAUAUGGGAGAUUCUGAGCCCAGUUAUUUAUACCUGUGUGUCUGUUAAACAGUGUUAUAGUUGAUUGACAAGCCAGUUCAUAUUGGAACUUUUUUUUUUUUUAAACAACCAAAAAAGAUGAGUUUCUGAAUAAAAUUUGUAGUGAUAAAAUAAGAAAAACCACCUUAUUAAAUACAGGGUUCAGGGUCUUCCUGUGAACUUUAGUCUGGUGAUUUUGUUGUGGUGGAAACUCUACCUCAGCCCCUGACAUCCAUAUACCCAAAGGGUCGGGAUGAUUAGGUGAAACCCCACCUCUCUCUCCCCAGACCCUACCCCUUUCAAAAAGCUUACCAAGCAACAGCCCAUCCCUCCUGAAAGCCCCCCUGGGGCUACUCAGGACCUGGUAGCCUUUAUUGCCAUGUGAUUCCUAGCCUGCCUUCCCAAGGGUCACCUAGGAUUUCUUGCUCUGUUUAUUAAACCUGGAUUUAUUAACUUA